AUGCGUUUCGCUAUUCCGGAUCCCGCAGAGGAGGAGUUAGACUAUGUGGUGGACAUGGACCUGUACUCGUCGAGUGAUGACGACCUGAGCGGCUGGGUGCCAGAUUUGUCGAGGCGAAGAAGGACGAAGCUUGGCCAGAGCAUCCGCGACAUGUUAUUAUCGAGCGACUCGGAGGACGACUCGUUUGUCUACCCCGACCUCGACUCUGAAGACGAGGUCGGCGACCUGCUCGCCGCGUCUUCGUCGCUGCCCUGGCGCGAACCCCUCCGUACGCCCCAGAACAAGCGCAAGGGGAAAGCGAAGGCUCCGUCGUCGCCACCAAAGCCAUCAUCCACACAGCGCACGCAACCCUCAUCUUCCACUAGUCCCUCCAAGUCAAAAUCCAAGUCGCACACCCCAUCAAAGUCCAAGUCAAGACCUCGACUGCCCCCACUGCGCUCCAGCUACCGGUGGGAGCCGACCAUGCGAGAUCUCAUCAAGGACGACACGCCAAGCGAAUUUGCGUCCUGGAUGAAGUCAACAGAAGAGGAAGCCUUCCGGGAAGGGCACCGGAAUGCGGCGCUGCAGAAAAAGCGUCUGCAGGAGAUCGACCGCAAUGUCCGCCAUGAGAUGGAGAUGGCCGCGCAGGGCAAGCGGAGUCGUGAGGCGGACGAGCUGCAGCGCAUGAUGGAGGGUCUCGCACUCCGGCAAACACAGGAGGAGCAGGACACGUCAAAGCGAUUCCACGAGCGAGAACAGAAGCUCUGGGCCGAGGCGGAGCGCCAACUUGCCGAGAAGCUCGCCGCUGCGGCUGCCGAAGCUCGACGGUUCAAGGAGGAGGAAGCCGCCCGCAUUGCGGCGGAGGAGAAGGCUGCGCUCGCCCGUAAGGCUGAGGCAGAGAAGGCCGCCAAGGAGAAGGCAGAGAAGGAGGCCGCUGAGGCUGCCGCCAAGGAGAAGGCGGCAAAGGAGGAGGAGGAACGCAAGGCUGCCGAGGCAAAGGAUGCUCAGUCUAAGGCCGCUGAGCAGGCUGCUGGCACGCGCGCCGUCGACGAGUGGAAGAAGUGGGUCAACGUCCAGCGGACAAUGAAGGAGCAGGUCAUCAAUGUUGUCAAGGGCGACCGUGCGAUGAAGAGCAGCCUGCGCCAGGGCAUGCGCCUCAUCACCCGCGGCGUCGGGCAGGUGAUCAACACGCAGGAGUCGAUCGUUCGAGUGACGAAAGAUAUCAACGACAUUCUCGUGUCCCAGCUCCCCUCUGCGCCGUCCGCUGCACAGCCGACCGUGCUGGAGAACCUCCCGAGCCCGCAAUACGGCUACCUGCUGUCUCAUCUCUCGAAGAGCCUGAUCAAACAGGCCGAGAACGAGGUCAGCGCGAAGGCGGACGCGGCCUUCCCUCUCGCGCGCAUCGUCGUCGGUCUCAUCAUGCGCGGCCACGGCGCGCUCGCAGACGUGCUCACCGCACGUCUUGUGAAGAAGUCGCCGUGGGUCAUCCCGUACUUCCCGCAGCGUACCGAGGGCCAGCCUCGUGAGGAGUACGAGAAGUCGACUGGCCGCGGGGCCGACGAGUCGAUCACCGACUACAUCGCGCGCCAGGGCGGUAUCUGCACGUUGUACUUUGCCAUCCUCGCCGUGCCGUACCAGACGAUCGCGCCAACCCUCACCGUUCAGCCGAACCCCAAGCAGCUCUGCGACCUCGUGCCGCCGAUCCUCAGGCAGCCGGCAGCGUGGACGUGGAUCGCAUCCCUGCUGCGCGGGAACACGUCGGCCCUCCCGCCCUCGGCGCACCUCCUCUGCGUGCUUCUUGACACGGCGGGCUUCACCCUCCUCAAGUACUACCGCCAGACGGACAAGCUGAAGGAGGCAAUCCGCACGACAUCGGACAACGGACGCAUUCCGGGAGACAGCGAGGCCAGUAGAGCGCGGCUGAAGCUCCUCCUGGAGGGAUGGGACAAGAAGAGUCUCACCGAGCCAAGCGGGUUGAAGUGGGGAUAG